UAAAGUUCCAAGGAAACACCACGUCAGUUCGAACUGAAUAUAGUUAAUCCUUUCCUUUACAUUUAAACAACAAGGAAAGAAGGAUGCCUAAUAGAUUUGAAUGUCAACAAUGUGGUGCAUCAUUUUCUAAAGUUGGGAUGUUAAUCAAUCAUCGUCGACAAUUUGGACAUAAGGAUACUUUUCCAUGUACAAUUUGUCAGAAAACGUUUGGCCGAAGGGAUAAUCUGGAUCGUCACAUGCUGAGACAUCAGGAUGGGUCUUUAUUCCAAUGUAAAACAUGCGGUCUAUUGUUUUCAAGAAUUGAUAAUCUACAACGUCACACAGAAGAAAAACAUACCCAGACAGGAGGAGGAUUAAAAAGAAAAGCCACGAAUGAUGAAAACCCAGUCUUAAAGCGACACAUCACAAGGAAAGACAAUCCGGAACAGUUUUAUGACCUACGUGUACUGUCAACUCAGCCUAUACCUAAAUUCAAUACCACAACGACUCGUUACAAAGUAUCAUUCAAAGAAUUAGAAGUGCAGGAUUUACCACAGAUUUUGAAAACUUUACGACUUUUGUUUGGAUCUAUUAUCAAUAACAUAACAGAGUUUAUGCAAUCAACAGAUCUUAUCCGAUUGUCAGUUCAAUGUCCUGAGUUGGACUUUCCUAUAACAAUACCGUUUAUGAAAGUAUCUCAAUUGUCCGUUGAAACAUUACUACGUGAAAUAGAGAGGGUAUUGCAGUCGUAUGAACAAUUUGUAUUGGAUGAUUCACUUGAAAUAGAGAUGACACACGUUGAACUCCCAAUUGGUGGAACAAGAAAUCAAGGAAAAUACGUUGAUCUUGAGCGAUUUAUGAAAACUAAGCAAUGUAUUCUUACCAUAAGAAAUAGAGAUGAUCUAUGUUGUGCCAGGGCAUUAGUUACCGCAAAAGCAAACCUAGACAAAUCUGAUAAAUGGAACAGUAUUCGUCAAGGCAGAAAAAUUCAAGAACAUCUAGCAACUGAUUUACAUACUCUUGCACAUGUUCCUCUGCAUAAAUGUGGAAUUGAAGAAAUCAAAAAGUUUCAAGCAGUGAUGCCAGAAUAUCAAAUACACGUUGUUUCAAAAGAACACUUCAAUGGAAUCAUAUUCCAAGGACCAGAGGCAGAAAAAAAGAUUUAUUUGUAUUUUCACGAUGAACACUUUGAUGUGAUUACUAGUAUGCCUGCUUUCUUAUCCCGUAGUUAUUAUUGUCACACAUGCAAAAAGGGGUACCAGCAUAAAGAGGAACAUCGUUGCAAUAACAUCUGUACAUCAUGCCAUAAAAUUCACGAUAAAAAAGAUGACGACUGGAUAUACUGUAACGACUGUAACCGUCAUUUCAAUGGUGAAGAAUGCUAUAGACUACAUGCACAGACUACCAGGAAAGGAAACUCUACAUGCAAAUCAUACAUUAGAUGCAAGAUUUGCAGUCAAACUAUUAAUAAGAAAAUGCACAAAAAAGAACAUAUAUGUGGUGAGAUAUAUUGCAAGACUUGUAAAGAUUUCUACGAAGUUGGACAUCUCUGUUUCAUGUUGCCGGUUGAAGGUGACAAAUUUACAGAAAACACUCUAAAUGACGAUAUGGACACUGUAGAUGAGGAUGACACCAAAAACCAAGUUUAUAUUUUCUUUGAUUUCGAAUGCACUCAAGACGAUUUAGUUGAAUGUGAAGACGGGUUUAAACCAGAACGAGACACCUCGAAAUGCAGGAAUUGUAAAAAAUCUAAAUGUGGAACUUAUGAACACAAACCAAACUUAUGCGUUGUACAACAAGUAUGCUUAGAGUGUUUAAAAGAGGAUCUGACACCACUUAGUGUGUGUGAAAAUUGUGGGAAGAAUGAACUUAUUUUCAGUGGAAUGAAUACGACAUAUGAUUUUUGUCAAUGGCUUUUUUCUGGAGAAAAUAAUGGAGCCACAGUGAUCUGUCACAAUUUCAAAGGAUAUGAUUCUUUUCCCAUUCUACAAUACCUGUACCAGAACGGUGUUCUCCCAAAGAUUGUUCCGAGUGGAGCAAAAAACAUGUCUAUUGAAGUCCCAUCAUGCAACAUACGUAUGAUUGACUCACUUAAUUUUUUACCCAUGGCGCUGUCAAAACUGCCUAAAAUGUUUGGUAUUAAAGAACUACAGAAAGGAUACUUUCCCCAUCUGUAUAACAGAAAAGAAAACCAGACCACAGUUCUUAAUCAACUGCCGGAUGUCAAGUUCUAUAACCCAGACGCAAUGAAAUCAGAGGACAGAGAAAACUUUCUUGAAUGGUAUGAAACUAAUGCGAAAGUCAUGUUUGAUUUCCAAAAGGAACUUUUGAAAUACUGCCGAUCUGAUGUAGAUAUAUUAAGACGAUGUUGCUUAAGGUUUCGAGAAUUAUUUAUGUCUAUGACUAAAUCAGCUACUGGAGAUGGAGGUAUUGAUCCGUUUGAAACUUGUAUUACUAUAGCUUCUGCAUGUAAUUUGGUGUUUCGCACUAAAUUCUUACGUGCUGAUACUAUAGGCAUCAUACCAGCACAGGGAUAUCGCCCUGAAGAGAAACACUCUGUAAAAGCCAUACAAUGGAUUAAAUAUAUAUCACAAACAAAGGGGGUGGAUAUUCAACACGCUCGAAACGGUAGUGAGAAGAUGAUUGACCAAUACAGAGUAGAUGGGUUUUAUGAGAACAGCGAAGGUGAAAAGAUUGUAUUGGAAUAUCAUGGGUGUUUUUGGCAUGGAUGUCCAACCUGUUACACACAACAUACCAUCAACACUGUCAAUAAGUUAUCAAUGGAGGAUUUGUAUCAUCAAACAAUGGUAAAGAAGACCCACAUUGAAAAGCAGGGCUAUACAUAUACAUGCAUUUGGGAAUGUGAGUUUGACAAACAUAUCAGGGAAGAUGAAAACAUUAAAAAGUUCAUUGACUCCUUGGAUAUUGUUACUCCAUUAGAGCCAAGAGAUGCCUUUGCAGGAGGGAGGACAGAAGCCUUUAAUUUAUAUCACGAAUCGUCCUUUGACGAAUCUAUCAAAUACUACGAUGUAACCUCGCUGUAUCCGUACAUAAACAAAACGGGCAAAGUUGUUAUAGGGCAUCCUAAAAUAGUAACAGAGAAUUUUGAUGAUCUAACGAUGUAUGAAGGACUAAUCAAAUGCAAAGUUUAUCCACCUAGAGGCCUACAUAUUCCAGUGUUACCCGCUAAAAUUAACAACAAACUGAUGUUCUCCUUGUGUAGAACAUGUACUGAGACAAAACAGCAAAUAACCUGCCAUCAUGGUAAUGAAGAAAGGUCUUUUACCGGUACAUGGGUGACAGAUGAGCUAAAGAUGGCAGUAAAUAAGGGAUAUAUACUAAGUACAAUAUAUGAAGUCUGGCAUUUCGAUGAAGUUGAGCAAUAUGAUCCCAUUUCAAAAGCAGGAGGCAUUUUCACAGAGUACAUAAAUACUUUUCUGAAGAUGAAGCAAGAGGCAAGUGGUUGGCCUAGUUGGUGUAUAACCAAGGAACAUAGGCAACAAUACAUUCAGGACUACUAUGAAAAAGAAGGCAUUUUACUCGACUACAAUAAGAUAGAAAAAAAUCCUGGGUUACGCGCACUGGCAAAGUUAAUGCUAAAUAGUUUUUGGGGUAAGUUUGGACAGCGGACAAAUUUACCACAGGUCGAUUAUGUAUCGGAGCCUUCUAUAUAUUUCGAUAUGCUGACCAGUGAUCAACAAGAAGUUACAGGUGUGAACUUUGUCACGGAUGAAAUGGUGGAAAUGCGUUGGAGGAAUAAAGCGGAGUUUGUUGAGUCAUCAGGAAGAACUAACGUCGUCUUGGCGGCAUAUACAACUUCUCAAGCUAGACUCAAAUUAUACAGUUAUUUGGAACAACUAGGACAGCGGGUACUCUACGCUGAUACCGAUUCUAUUGUUUUCACUGUGAAGGAAGGUGAAUGGGAGCCGUCUUUAGGGGACUACCUCGGAGAUCUUACGGAUGAAGUUCCCGAGAACAAGAUUACACAUUUUGUAACCGGUGGUCCAAAAAACUAUGCAUACAAGUUGCACAAACCUGAUGAAAGAGGAAAUCAAACAAUUUGUAAAGUGCGGGGUAUAACUUUAAACUAUAAAAAUGCUUUAAGUAUCAACUUUGAAACAGUGCGUGAAAUGGUUACUAAUGGCAUUCAAGGUGACAAAAUAACUGUUUGGGACGAGAACAAGAUUACAAGAGACAAACAGAACAGUAGAAUCAUAACAUGUAAAGAGAGUAAAGAUUAUAAAAUUGUAUUUGACAAAAGAGUUAUCACUGAAAAGUUCAUUACAAAACCGUAUGGAUACUAGAUUUUGUAGCUUCUUAAUCUUUUAGAGAUGAAUGUCAUUGCUUUUUAAUUAAAAUGAGAUUUAAACAAAC